GGGUAACGAAUAUCUUGAGUAAUUUGAAAAUGAUACCUGAUGACAAGCAGCCCGCGGAUUAUGAUCCGGUAGUGUGUGCAAAGAGUUACUGGAUAUUUGCCAAGCGCGGUGGUCUUCUCAAUGUGCUCCCUGAUGUGAACAUAUGGGUCAAGAAGAACGAGCCUAUAGCAACGCUUCAUUCUGUAUUUGGCAUUCUCGUCGAAACGUAUUAUGCCCCCGAGGAUGGUAUUGUAAUUGGGAAGGAAAUGGACCCUGUGUGUCAAAGUGGACAGAGGAUAUUGCAUCUUGGUGUUGUUGAAGAAGAGUUUGCGGCCAAAGUUGAUGAUGGGCAUUUGUAA